AUGCUCUCGAUUCACGCGGCGCUCCAGAGCAGCAUCCAGACCUACGUCGAGGAGCUGGAGAAAGCGCAGCAGAAACACACGGCAGCUACGGGCGGGGAGCAGGGACGAGACCGCAGCUUCUGGCUGGAGGCGCCACACCCGCCCAAGUGCCUCCCGGACAUGGUGGAAGCGUACGUCGGAGCAGCGUUUGUGGAUUCCGGGUACGACUACGGAACGGUGCAGGAGUUCUUUGAGCGACACGUGCGGCCGUACUUUGAGGACAUGACGCUCUACGACUCGUUUGCCAACCGGCACCCGGUGACGUACAUGGCGUCGCGGCUGGCGCGGGAGUACGGAUGCAAGGAGUGGCGGGUGCUCGUGCGGGAGGACGCACCGGACGCGGAGGAGGCCGGGGCCGGGUGCGUGACGGGCACGGAGAUGGCGGCCGGGGUUCUCGUGCACGGAAAAGUGUUUGCCGCAGCGCGAGGGGCGCGAGCGGGCGUCACGCCAAGAUGGCGGCGGCGCGAGCGGCGCUGGAGGCUUUGGACGAGGUGGGGAGGGAGGAGUUUAGAGCUCGGUUCGGGUGCGAUUGUCGUCUGGAGGGUGGCGAGGUGA